AUGGAUCUGCAGCUUCCUCCAGUCCACCUUCAAGCUGCCCAAAACCCUCGCCCUCCUCCCUUGCGUCGCUUCGCUCCAGCCGCCACGCCUGUCGCGGACCACCGGCGCUCGCUGCACCGAACAGCACCGGCCUUUGCGCCAGCCUUGGCGCUGGCGGGGCUUCGGCGGCGAGGGCGAGACGUUGGGAAAAGGAGACGGGCGGAGGAAUCGGAGGACGUGGAGAAGCAGGAAGCUGAGGUACCCACCAGGUGGGAGCUCCUGCGCUUCGCGGCGCCCCUGGCCGCGGUGAGCGUCACGGGGCCCAUCCUGUCGACGAUCGACACCUCCUUCGUGGGGCGCUGCGCGGGGACCUUGGAGUUGGCGGCCUUGGGACCCGCCUGCACGGUGACCGAUCUGAUCUACCUGAUUUGCAGCACCAUUUCAACUGCUGCCAUCAACCUCUAUGCCGGAGUUGGGGAGGAGGACACGAAGCGGAAGCGCUUCAACGCCACCUGCGUGUCCGUGGCCUUGUGCAUUGGCCUCACCGGCGCCGCGGUCUCGACGCUGUUGGGCCGCUUCCUCCUCCAGGCGCUGGGGGCCACGCCAGUGAUGAUGGGUGUGGCGCAAAAGUAUGUCGCCACACGUGCAGUUGGCUUGCCUUUGGCGACGAUCGCCUGUGCCAUGUACGGUUUGUGCGUGGGUAAAGGCGAUACCAAGACUCCGUUGAUCGUAACAGUCUACCUCUCUGCGGUGCUCAACGUCUUCUUCGACUGGCUUUUGUGUGCGGUGAUCCCGUGGGGUGCCGCAGGGGCUGCUUGGGCUACCGUGGCUGCCCAGGUGGGGAGUUUCGUGGCCUACUUCACCAUCAUGCGCCGAAAGAAGCAAUUGCCUUUACCCAGCCUCAACGAGUUCUGGCCAUCCUGGGCUGAAGAAACGAAGCCCAUCCUCUCCAUCUACUUGCCCGUCUCCUUCAUCGUGGUUUGUGUGCUGUCGAUGUAUGCAGCCAUGUCGGGCUUCGUGAAUCAAACGCAGCCCUUGGUCAUGAUGGCUGCCUACAAGAUUUGGAUCACCGUCUUCGCCUUCUUCGCCCUCUGCGCCGAUCCCAUGGCCGCUGCCACCUCCACGAAGCUGCCGCCGUUCGUCCUGCGCCGCUGCCGGCGCUCCGCCGAGCUCUUCUGCAGCCGCGGCGCCUCCACGGCCGCCGGGGUGGGCGUGGCCGGAGGGCUCCUGGGUGCUGCCUUGCUCUACUUCGGCGCGGGAGCCUUCACGCAGGACGCGAGGGUGAUCCAAGGAGCCAAGAUCGGAGUGCUGCCCUUCGUCUUGAUUUUAUGCAUCAUGCAUCCAACGAGGGUUUGUCAGAAUUCCUUGGUAGUGCAUGGGGAUCUCUCGUUUUACGUGGUGGCCCAAGUCUGCUUGUCCGGGCUCUUCUUCCUGGGCUUGACUCUGCUGGCUGGGAGGUGCGAGAUUGGCAGCCUUUCAGCGUACCGCAGUAUGAUGAUGGCCACCUUCAGCUUCUAUGUGGCCAGCCUUUGCACCUACGGCGCGCGUGUACGGCACCUGAAUCGAAAUUUGGACACCAAAGGCGACCAGUGA